AUGGCUUUUUCCGUUCCCUUCCUCUACCACUUCCACCCUUGUUCAGACAAGAGUGGCCAAGCAACUCGCACCCCUGUCUACUUCCUCGGGAUCGGUGGGCCCAACUUUAUGGAAGAGACAGACCAUCCCGCUUAUUCUCAACUUGUUGCCAUCGGCCAGGAGAUUACAACCAAAGUCAAGCCAAAAGCAGUUGUCGUCUUCUCUGCCCAUUGGCAAGCUGGGCCAUCUACAAUUCAGAUCAAUGCUGCGGAGGAGACGGAUUUGAUCUAUGACUUCUACGGGUUCCCGCCUCAUUACUACAAAUAUGACUAUCCGAACAGGGGAAGCCCUGAAGUUGCCGAGAAGAUCAUUGAAAAGCUGCAAGAUGCAGACAUCGAGGUCGAGAGAGUUGAGCGAGGCCUUGACCAUGGAGUCUGGGCGGGGUUCAUGGUUGCUUUUGAUCCCGUCAAGAAUCCGUUGAAUGUCCCAAUCGUUCAAAUGGGACAGGCACUUGAAGGUCUACGAGAUGAAGGAGUUCUCAUCAUUGGUGCUGGAAUGGCAGUCCACAACCUGCGUGACUACCGAGCGAUGAGAGCAUCCGGGAGAACCAUGCCUUACGCGUAUAGCUUUGACAAAGCGCUCAAAGACGCUGUUACAUCUGAUCCAGACGGGAGAAGGGCAACCAUGUCAGCCUUGAUCAGAGGCAGCGAAGCCAGAGAGGCCCAUCCGACGCUGGAGCACAUUCUUCCCCUGUGUGUUGCUGCAGGCGCUGCAGGAUCAGACCGCGGUGAAAGAAUCUGGACUUUACCAGAAAGAAGUUUGAGUUGA